UUCCUGAAUUUAGUCGUGUGAUUGCUAUAUGUGCAAGAAGAUCUUCUCUUUUGACCAAUAACUGUUAUACGUAAAAUCAUGGAUUUUGACUCAGUGUUACCAGAACUUGGCGGCUUUGGAUUAUAUCAGAAACUAGUUAUAUGUGUAUUACUACUUCCUGCAGUUAUACCAUGUGCCUUUCAUGCAUACAGUCAACUUUUCAUUGCAGGAAAACCAGAUCAUUGGUGUAGGAUUCCGGAGUUAGAAAAUCUACCAAAAUGGACAACAAAUAUAUCAAAAUCUCUAAGUAUACCCUUGGAACUCAAAGAUGGCAUCCUUCAACCAUCCCAAUGUUCAGUAUAUGUACGCAAUUAUACACAGCUUGCGGUUUUACUCGAUAACAAUAAUAAUAAUGAUUCGAUACUAAUGGGACAUUAUCCGGUGGAAACCAAUACAACAAAAUGUCUACAUGGCUGGGUUUAUGAUCACUCGGUGUUUGAAUCUACAGUAGUUACAGAGUGGAACCUUGUGUGCGAGAAAGAAUUUCUCACAACUCUAGCACUAAGUUUAUUCGGUGUCGCUGGUCUCAUCGGGAAUUUUCUGUUUGGAUACAUGCAGGAUUACUGGGGUCGGAAAUCUCCUUUCUUCAUAUAUUUACUAAUUGAAGUGGCAGCUUGUGCUUCGGGUGUUUUCACGUAUAAUUUUGAAUCAUGGAUGCUCACUAGAUUUAUUGUUGGCCUUACAGUUCCCGCCAUCCUAUCAAGUCCUUACGUUCUAGCAAUAGAGUUGGUUGAGCCGAAAAAACGUGAUUUUUGUACCCUCGUAUCAAACAUCGCAUACUCUAUAGGUUUGAUAUUAUUAUCAGGAGUGGUGUAUAUAUUCCGCGACUGGAAGAGCUUAUCACUUGCUGUAUCUUUGCCGCUAUUGAUGCUGUUUGCCUUCUAUUACUUCAUCCCCGAGUCACCUCGAUGGUUGAUAGCGAGACGCCAAUAUGAGAGAGCUGCUGAAGUCCUCACAACAAUGGCAAGAUUGAACGGGAAAACUAUUCCAGCAAAUUAUGAAUGCAUUCUGAGGGCAAAAUUCGAAAUUUCUCCGGAUAUAACAGGAGAAUGUGUUGAAAAUUUUGGCAUAAGACAUUUGUUCUCUGGGAAACAAAUUACACGAAAAACAAUCAUAAUCACAUUUAUAUGGUUCACGAACACAAGCGUUUAUGUGGGGUUAAGCUACUACGCACCAGCCCUUGGCGGGGAUGAAAUUUUCAACUUUUUUCUAGCCGGAGUAGUAGAGCUGCCAACUUAUGUCGUUCUAUGGCCUAGCUUACAUACAUUCGGGAGAAGAUGGAUUCUCUGUACAUCUAUGAUUCUGGGAGGAUCUGCUUGUGCAUUGACUUUUCUGUCACAGAGCCACCAAUCCAUAACCCUGAUUCUGUAUUGCGUUGGGAAAAUGGGAAUUUCUUCAGCUUUCGUAGUUCUGCCUCUCGCUGCUUCAGAACUUUACCCAACAGUCGUACGAGGACUAGGAAUGAGUUUCAGUUCGGUUAUUGGAAUGAUUGGGACAAUUAUUAUACCCAUGAUUAACUACAUGGGUGAAGAAUUGACUGUGUUACCACUAAUAUGUAUGGGCAUCUUGCUGAUUUGUGGAGGAUGUGCUAGCCUUUUUCUGCCCGAGACCAAAGGCAUCAGUUUGCCGCAAACAUUGGAUGAUAGUGAGCGCAUAGAAAUAACAAAUCCAUUCAAGUACAGUAAAACAUAAUUCAAGCUCAGUAAUCUUGUGUCAAACAUAGUACAAAUAAAAUUGGCCUAUGGUGUUCAUACAAUUUAA